AUGGCUAUUGCAGAAGAUGGAGACAGGCAAGUGCUCAUGUUGCAGUCGGGUAGCCAGAGAGAGAAGCUAAAGGGCCCAGAGGAACUUGAUGUUAGAACAGCUUCAAUAGUGAACGGGCCUUACCUGAAAGUAGUGGCAGACGAUAACUAUGUGAUCCGGGUCGACCACUCAUCAGAUAUCAUGGUUCUCUCCAAUGUCGAUUACCGCAUUCCAUUAUCAUGGAGAGAAUGA